AAUCUUGAAAUGUGUUGGAUGUUUACAACAAAUAGAUGAAAACGAGAUAAUAACUAUCGACAUCAUAAAUGCAGAAUCACAAUCAGUAAAGCUAGAAAGUUUACCUUGCUUCUUCCAUGUUUACUGACAAAAACCAGGUUAUUAACAAUAAAGAUAACAACAUUUAACGUUCUCAUCUUGGUUAAAAUAUUCAAAUUACAUUUGAGUGAAGUCAUCUUGAAUGUAGAUUUAUAAGUUUCGCUUUAUUCUGUUUUUGAUCUUCAACCUCAUAAUCAUGCCUUUUUAUACCAAAAUAGGAAACUUUGCCGCUGUUACUUGGUGUUCAUUUGGUUCUGCUCUACUCGGCUUGUUCCUCAUGUUGAUAGGUGCAAUCCUCACUGCUGUUGCUUAUACAGAAAUUACUCCACCCGAUUACGAUGAUAAUUACAAGAGGUAUAUUGGAUCAAAUGUAUUAAGAGUUGUCGGACCCUUUUCGUUUGGAUUUGGAGGGUUACUUGUUCUUGGUAGUUGUGGUCUGUUUACAUUUGCUUUUGUAAGUGAAAGCCGUAAGCAUGGUCGUAGCGCUGGACCCAUUGAUUACGAUGCAAGAAUCGCAGAACCCGAAGUGGAGAAACUUCAAAAUCCAUGAAUGGAUUUGUAAUACAGCUUUUUUAUUCCGAUGAAGGAAAACAUUUUACGAUGUAACCAAUUAACCUUUGACGCUUCCAUUGACGCUCGUUUUAAUACAACUAUGAAACAUUGAAAUUUUAAUAUCUAAAGAUACCUCACUUUUGAUUACUGAUUAAACAACUCUUUUGAGAUUGUUUUUUAACCAUUGUCAGAUCAUGGUUAUUUUAAAAAUAAAUUGUCUGAGUUGAUUUCUGA